ACUUUGCGAUAAGAGACAGACAUUUACUGCUUAUAAUAGCAAUGGAAGAAUCUGAUUUCGCUUCCCUGAUCUCGACGACUUAUUGUAAACCAUUCAAAAGUAUAAAGAAUAUGGAAAUUGGUGGAAAAAUACCGAAUUACUAAUAUCAGCGUGAUUGGUACCAAGUUUGGAGAUCGAAUUAUGAUCGGAUUCAAGGUGGCGGGUCCAAAAUAACAUCCAAGAUGGCGGAUGGAGCCAGACAUGCAGCGGGUCCAAUGGCGGAUUUAGAAUAGUGACUAAGAAAGUGACGGGCGGAUCCAAGGGGAGGGACGUAGAGAAUUCUGUUCGAUUCUAAUUGACUGUGAGGUCACUUCCUGCCCCAGAACGAUUAUAGAUUUUCUACUUAGGCCAACAUACCUGCUUAGCGCCAUAUUGGAACCUUCUUGAAAAUUUUUAGAACCUUUAUUGGACCUUUGGAACGAUUUAGGUUCUUCAGAUUUCCUAGAAUUUUCUUAGAACCUCUAGAACCCUUCUUAGGGUCUUUGGAAAAUUUACAACCUUUAGAACUAUUCACGGAUGUAUAAUAUAGAGAGGUGAUCCGGCGAGCUAUGUUUUCGGUGCAAACAAACGGCGAUUGAGUGUGGUCUGUGUGCGAGGGAGAGGCAGCGACAGAGACAGACAACUAGCUUGGCGCGAAAUCACUUGUGCAUUUAUACUGCAUUGCGCCAGUGAUAUACGGUCGCACUUCCUUAAACUUGUGUAUGGGCUUUUUUUGCAACUUUUUACAAUGGCACGAAGGUAUUGUUUUGCACCUGGAUGUCACAGUGGAUAUAGCGGAAGUUCAGAGAAAGUAUCCUUAUUUAAAGUGCCUAAAAACAAAUUAGAAGAGUGGAGUCAACGUAUUCCCCGAGCGGAUAAAAAAUUAACGAUUAAUGACGCUUUGUGCGAAAAUAGUAUAUUGUUUUAUAAGGAGUAAAAGUGUGACUUUUUGUGGCAAGUCUGAAUGUUUGACGGCCGAACGUAGUGAGGCCGACAAUUUCAGACGCGCCACAAAAAGUGCUUUUACUCCGAAUAAAACAUACAAUUUUUUCCGCAAACGCUGUUCAAACGAUAGAAUUAAGGGAGUAUUCCUAAAAAGAUUGCAGCGCAUCUGUUAAAUGUUGAAAAAUUUAAAACUAGAUUGCUGUGGUUUGCGGUUGUUAUGGUGAAAGAAAAUUUUGACAAUUCAACAAAUUAAUUAUCGGGAACAUUCAAAGCCCUUUUGAACUGUGCGUUUUUGGUAAGUACCCGAGUAUCAAGUAGAUAAAGUAGUAAAAGAUAUUGACCAAUUUUUCUUGCAGGUUACAUAUUAUGUCGGAUUCCGAACUUAACUGUACGCCGCCAGACGUUCUUGCAAUUGCCAAGACAGCUACGAACGAUUUAAUUCCAACGAAGUCAAGUAGAGUUUAUAAUCAUGCUUAUGAAAGAUUUCUCACAUGGUGCAAUGAGAAAAACAUUACAAACUAUUCUGAAAAUGUGCUACUAGCUUAUUUUUGUGAAUUGGCAACCAAUCUAAAAAUGAAGAGUUCAACAAUGUGGUCUCAAUAUUCCAUGAUAAAAGCAUUAUUAAAUCUUAAACAUGGAUUAGAUAUUAGCAAAUAUAUGAAGCUACGUGCUUAUUUGAAAAAGCAGAAUGAAGGCUAUACUCCCAAAAAAUCAAAGGUAUUCACAAAGGAACAGUUUGAAGAUUUUUUAAACAAUGCACCUGAUGAGCAAUAUUUGGGGAUUAAGGUUGUUUUAGUAAUAGGCGUAUCAGGAGCAUGUAGGUGCGAUGAAAUGGUGAAUAUGACAAUAGACAAUAUAGAGGAUUUAGGAUCUGUUAUUCAUAUAAAGAUUCCUGAUAGCAAAACUAAAAAGCCACGAUCGUUUACAAUUAUUGGUGAAAAAUACAUAAAUCUUUAUAGAAAAUAUACUUCCUUGCGCCCCCCCGCUAUGGAAAGCCGUCGAUUUUUCUUGAAAUUUCAAAACGGAAAAUGUUAUCGCAUGGUCAUGGGAAUUCAUACAAUUAGUAAUGUACCCAAAACAGUAGCAACUUUUUUAAAACUACCGGAUUCAAAACUUUACACGGGCCAUGCUUUAAGAAGAACUUCAGCUACAUUGCUGGUGAAUGGAGGAGCUGAUAUCACUUGUUUAAAGCGGCAUGGAGGUUGGAGGUCGAGCACUGUGGCUGAAGGAUACCUAGAAGAUUCUUUGUCUAAUAAAAAAGAAACCGCGAAAAAGAUCUUAAUGCCAAAUUCUUCGUCAUUGGGCCUGAAUGCAGCUUCCGAUGAGCGAAAUUCGGUGGACGUUGAUUUAACAGAUAUGUUGAAACGAUAUGCACUGAAAAUCCCGCGCUUGAGAGAAAAUGCAGUACCAUCUAUUUGGCCUAAUUGUCCAACCUAUUUGUCGAAAAAGCCGGUAAAGAAAAGGAGGGUAAUCGAACGAGGCGAAUGUACAUAUGACCUGAAACGUAAAAAAAAUAAUGAAUUAGGUGCCAAUGAAGAAAAAACUGAAAUGCACUAUUAG